AUGGUGGCCCUGACGGUGGCACUCCAGAGAUAUUUCAAAGCUUCCAGCGAGGGGGUGGUCCCUUGGACGGAGGUCUGUGACCCGAAUCAGAGCGAGGAAGCAGAACCUGAGAGGGAUGUGCUGGACCCUGCACGACCAGGUCAGCUGCACACGGGGUUCCUCUCUGCCGCGAUCUAUGAGAGUCUUGUGGAGGUGUGA